AUGUCUGCCACUUUUGCACGCCGAAAAAAUGGCAGUUUUGUGAAAUUUGAAGCAAUGGAGGAGACACUAUUUAUGACAGAUAACGCUCCAAUUAAAACACGACGUAAUCAUCCAAUAACCCCAGUCAUAAGAUUAUCUUAUGAGGCUUUGUCACGAGUUGACAGAUCAAUGAUGAAUAUUGAGUCUGAAAGCUGGUUACUCAUAUUGCAUAUUUGGGGCAUAAAAUGUAACAGGAUCAUGACAGCGGAGAUCAGACGGGAUCCGGUGUAUCCAAUAUUGUGUCGCCGUACUUGGAUUUUGAAGCCAGCUAAUAAAUCAUUGCUUAACCGUAUCAAGCCGGCUUUCAAAGUUACAAAACCGGAAUGA